UUCCUACACCCCUUCCCCAACCCAUCCUCCUCCCGCAGCCCCCCCUCCACCUCCACCUGGGCCGCCCACACACCCCCACCCGCACCCUCACUCACACACCAUGCCCGCUGCCCCUGCGGAAGCACCGGUUGUCCCCAGGAAGGGCCAGGUGCCUCUCAUCCCAAUGAGCGAUGCACGCAGCGACCUGCUGGCGGCCAUCAGACGAGGGAUCCAGCUGCGCAAGGUGCAAGAACAGCGGGAGCAGGAAGCAAAGAAGGAGCCGGUUGGAAAUGACGUAGCCACUAUAUUGUCCCGUCGCAUCGCCGUGGAGUACAGCGAAUCUGACGAAGACUCUGAGCUGGACGAAAAUGAGUGGUCUGACUGAGACAGGAAAACAACAAUAGAAGAAUAAAAAAACAUGAAGUAAGCGUUAGGGCGUAGG